AUGACUUCUGAAGAAAAUAUAAACUACCACUACAACCAAGCGAACUCCAAUUCCUCGCAGGACAAGAAAAGUAUUGAUGAGGAGGUCAGUACAAAUGAGAAGGCUGUAAAGGAUGAGGAAUCAGAAGCUGAAAGCCUCAGGAGAUUAAUCGCGCCCUUAUCCAAAGAACAGCUAAUAGACAUCCUGGCAACGUCCGCCUUAAUCCACCAAGACAUACGUGACAAGUGUAACGAAGCGGUUGCUUCCUCCCCGUCUACGAAAAGGUUAAUGGUGCGUAAUAUCCCAUUCAGUACUCGUGAUGAACAGUUUUUAAAAUACUUUGAGCAGUUUGGAGAAAUCGAGGAUGGAAUUAUAGUAAGAGAAAAGGAAGGUAGGUCGAAAGGGUAUGGUUUUGUCACUUUUAAAUAUGUCGAGUCUGUACAGAAAUGCUUAAAAAGUAGUCAUACCUUAGACAAUAAAGAGUUGCAAGUAAGAUUAGUAGCUGACCCAUUUACAGAUCAUUAUCAAAAUAAAUUAUUCGUCCGAAAUUUAUCCCAAAAAACAAACGUGGCCACGUUGAGAGAUAUUUUCGAAAAAUAUGGGAAAUUAGAAGAGUGUGUAAUUAUACAUGACAAUGAAGGGAAAUCCAAAGGAUAUGGUUUUUUAACAUUCUCCUCACCAAAAGAAGCAUUUAAAGUUAUGCAGCAACCCGAACGAAUUAUUGACAACCGAGUUGUUUUCCUACAUUUUGCUGUAUCACAAAAUUAUAAAAAAUUUCAAAAUAAUCAAACCUUCAUGAAAAAGAACCAAAGCUAUACCUACUAUCCAAAGAAUAAUAUAAAUAAUAUAAACAGUCGUAAUAACUAUGUCCGAGGAGCACCAGUAUAUCAUCAUGAAAAUGAGGGACCCAAUACUUUUAACUACCCAAUCUCGUUUGUUCCAAAUGUAUACACAAAUGUCCCUCAUGGCUAUCAGUUGAAUUAUCCCGGAAAUUUGGAUUCUUUUAAUGCCUUCUACAGCAAUACGAGGUAUUAA